AUGUCCUCAAUCCAGAAUGCAGAUUCCGGCGCACAGAAUGCCGAUCAGACCUCGCCACUCCCUCAAGUGCCAGAGGCAGCCCAUGUUGAACACGGUGUCCAGACAUCCCCCACCGAGCAGGCCCCUGGUGCUCCACCACCGAUAGUCAUUCAACAGCCCGCAAAGAAACAGUCCUUUGCGGAGGAGGUCGUCGGUUACGCCAAGAUCGCGUAUAAAAAGCAAAUCAGAGGAACAGUAUUGCGCCAGCCGGAAACUAAGGAGAUGGGCGAGAAAAUCCUGAAGGGCGAGGCCAGCUACAACCCCAAGGGACCCCCGGAAUGA